CGUUCGGAAGUGGCGUAUGCGGAAGGAGCGGCCGGUCCGGGUUUCCGCGUAGAGAGCCGCUUGUACGUGCCGUUAGGAGUGUUCGGUAACCGCCGAUCGUGGCCGCGGCCGCCCCUGCGCCAUGUUGCGCGGCCUGGGCAGUUGGUUGGGGCUGGAGCGGGCAGGCGAGGAGAAGCUGCUGCCGGCCGAGGAGGGGAGCAGGAGCAGCCCCGUGGAUGCGGGCGAGGAACCGGCCGCGCGGAGCCAGGAGCAAGUGGAGCUGCAGGCGGACUCGGACCCGCUCCUCAGCCAGGCCAAGGGACUCGGCAGUUACCUCUUCAAUUUUGCCACUGCUGCUACAAAAAAGAUAUCUGAAUCAGUUGCUGAAACAGCACAAUCUAUAAAGAAGUCUGUGGAAGAAGGAAAAAUCGACAGUAUAAUUGAUAAGACAAUUAUUGGAGACUUUCAGAAGGAACAAGAGAAAUUUGUCCAAGAGCAGCAAACGAAAAAAUCAGAAGCAGCAGUGCCUCCUUGGGUAGAUAGCAAUGAAGAGGAAACAAUUCAACAACAAAUACUGGCCUUAUCAGCAGAUAAACGAAAUUUUCUGCGGGAUCCUCCAGCAGGUGUUCAGUUUAAUUUUGACUUUGAUCAAAUGUACCCUGUUGCAGUGGUUAUGUUACAAGAAGAUGAACUUCUCAAUAGGAUGAGGUUUGAUCUCGUUCCUAAACAUGUAAAGGAGGAAGUGUUCUGGAGAAAUUACUUCUACAGGGUGUCCCUAAUUAAACAGUCUGCACAACUCACUGCACUUGCUGCUCAACAGCAAGCAGUAGGGAAAGAAGAAAACAAAGGGAGAGAAGAGGAUAGUCAACUGAAAGAAACAGUACGGCCCAAAACACCACCUGUUACAAUAAAGUCUCAGCUAAAAUCUCAAGAGGAUGAGGAAGAGAUUUCCACAAGUCCAGGUGUAUCAGAAUUUGUGAGUGAUGCUUUUGAUGCCUGUAAUUUGAAUCAGGAAGACCUAAGAAAAGAAAUGGAACAACUGGUGCUAGACAAAAAAAGAGAAGAGACUUCAGUAGUAGAAGAAGAGACUGCUGAUUGGGAAAAGGAACUACAGCAGGAGCUUCAAGAAUAUGAGGUGGUGACAGAAGCAGAAAAACGUGAUGAUAACUGGGACAAAGAAAUAGAAGAAAUGCUGCAAGAAGAAAAUUAAGCAUUUUCAUGAGAUCACUAUAACCCUAAACUUUUUCUAAAAACUGACGUGAAAUUUUGCUUUCAUAUUUUGCUUACGAAAGAUCUUCAAAUGACAUGAAAGAAUCUAAAACCAUUAUAAUUCCAUAUAGGGAUAUAACCAGUAUUGCUGUUCUUUAUAUGAGCAGUUUCUUCACCAUUCUUUUAAAAGAAAAAGAAAAGAAAAAAGAGAGGCACUACAGGUUACAUGUAAUAAUUAAAAGUGGUAAGAUUAUUACAUGAAGCAACAAGUUUAGUGUGAGGCAUUCUUAGGUGGCCAAGAAGUUCUACAGAAACACUUCUAAAUUGAAGAAUCUCAAGUUAAGUUUGUCUACAGCCUUCUAUUUGGGAUGUAAAGUUGGAUGUUGUAAGUAACUUAGUCCUUGAAAAUAAUUGUAUUUCAUCACAUUUUUGCUUUCAUCCCUGUAUGAUCUGUAAAUGUGUACCAUUUAUUAAGGUAUUAGUAUUAGUAGCUUUUGUGUGUAUUUAAGUUUCUUAACAUAUGUAGCCAAAGAAUUUAUAUAAAAUCCUAUCAGAAUAACCUCUGACAAUGUGUUUUAAAAAAAUACUAAUUCAGACUCCAAAAGAAGUACAGAUUUGUUAUUGAUCGGGUGAUAUAACUGGCAAAUAUUUACACAUUUAAAUACAAGGAUAGUUUCUGCUUGAUUUAACCUGUUGUUUUUGUUAAUUCAUCAUAUUAAGAUAUUGCCUUUCCCCACAGAGAGAGAUGGUUCAGUGCAUUGUUCUUCAAAAGACUGUUAUAUUUCCAUUUAAUUUUGCUGUCUGCAUGAGAACAAAUUAAAUGUUUCUUCUUAUUUUAACUGCUGAAAAAUAUAAAACUUUGGCUGGUUUGGACUUCUUUAUUAAAUACUGUAGAUAUGUGUAAAA